CAAAAUCCACAUGGAACAAAAACCACACAUAGCUAUUCUACCAAGUCCAGGAAUAGGGCAUCUCAUCCCUCUUGUUGAGUUUGCCAAGCUUCUUCUUCUUCUUCACCACGACUUCCACAUCACAUGCAUCAUUCCCACAAUUGGGUCUCCAUCCAAAGCCAUGAAAGAAGUCCUUCAAGCCCUCCCUAAUAGCAUCGACCAUGUCUUUCUUCCACCAGUGAGCUUAGAGGAACUUGAAGGAGUAAAGCCUGGAAUCCAAAUUACUCUCACCAUGACUCGUUCACUACCACCUCUUCGUGAUGUGUUAACGUCACUGGUUGCAACUACUCGGUUAGUUGCUUUGGUGGUCGAUCUUUUUGGGACGGAUGCUCUUGAUGUUGCUAAGGAACUCAAUGUCUCACCCUACAUUUUCUACCCAACAAAUGCUAUGGUUGUGUCGUCGGUUUUGCAUUUGCCAAAGUUGGAUGAGACAGUUUCAUGCGAGUAUAGAGACCUACCUGAACCAGUGAAACUUCCGGGGUGCGUGCCUAUUCACGGUCGAGAUCUUCUAGACCCGAUUCAAGAUCGAACAACUGAAUUUUACAAAUUUUUUCUUCGCGGCGCAAAAUGGAUGCGAUUAGUUGAGGGUAUUAUUGUUAAUACCUUCAUGGAAUUGGAUGGAAGUGUUAUAAAAGCAUUGGAAGAUGAAGACGUUAAGAGUGGCACAAUUUAUGCAAUUGGACCCAUCAUUCAAAGUGGUUCAACUAAACAGGUUGAAGGGUCAGACUGUUUAAGAUGGUUGGACAGUCAACCACGUGACUCAGUCCUAUUUGUUUGCUUUGGGAGUGUUGGGACCCUCUCUUAUGACCAAAUGAAAGAGCUAGCUUUAGGAUUGGAAUUAAGUAAGCAAAAGUUCUUAUGGGUGGUAAGAAUCCCAAAUAAUGACUUGGUUCAAGCUGCAUAUUUUAGUGACCAAACCCUUGACAACAACCCUCUUUCCUUCUUACCAGAAGGGUUUAUAGAGAGGACUAAAGAACAAGGCCUAGUGGUGCCCUCUUGGGCACCACAAGCACAAGUCCUUAGCCACGGUUCCACGGGUGGGUUCUUAAGUCACUGUGGUUGGAAUUCGACCCUAGAGAGUAUCAUGCAAGGUAUACCAUUAAUUGCAUGGCCACUUUUCGCAGAACAAAGAAUGAAUGCGGUAUUAUUAACUGAGGAUCUAAAAGUGGCAUUGAGACCAAAAGCUAACGAAAAAAACCUAGUGGAUCGAGAGGAAAUUGCAAAAGUUAUAAAGAGUCUUAUGGUAGGAGAAGAUGGGAAGAAAAUUCAUAGCCGUAUGAAAGACCUAAAGAUUGCUGCUGAGAAAGCACUUAGUCCAAAUGGGUCUUCUACAAAGGCACUAGCUGAUUUAGCAUUACAUUGGACAAAUCAACCUAACUCUUAGGACAUGAAACUCUUCUUUUUUUAAUUUUUAACUUUCUUCAUCGUUGCUGUU